CAAAGAGAACCAAUCAGAAAACAUCUUGUGUUUCUUUGGUCUUGGAAAUUAAAGGAGAGGGUGAGGAAAGCCAUGCUGACAGGUUUCUCAUCAUGAACCGGACAUGGGCUUUGUUCAAGGCUCACCCGUACAUCAGUAACGUCCUGGGAUACACUACUCUGUUUGCCUCAGCUGAUGUGAUACAGCAGAGCGUGCUGGGAGGCAAACACACUGCUGGGUCCACAUCAGAGGGUUCAACUGGCAUCGACUGGUGUCAGACGGCUCGGGUGGCGACUGUCGGCUUCUGUUUCCAUGCCAACUUCAACUAUCAGUGGCUCAGGUGGCUGGAGAGGAUGCUCCCGGGGGGCGGAGUCAAGGCAGUGACAGGAAAAGUUGUGGUGGAUCAGCUGGUGGCAGCACCACUCACCAUCAGUGCCUUUUAUAUCGGUUUAAGUUUACUUGAAAACAAGAAGGACCCACUUGAAGAUUGGAGACAGAAAUUCUGGACAUCUUACAAGACUGGAGUAGUAUAUUGGUCAACAAUGCAGGCAGUGAACUUUGCUCUGGUUCCCCCUGUGGCACGGACAGCGUUUCUCGGAGGCAUUGCGCUGACUUUCACAAUCUUCUUGUGCCACCUCAGACAGAAGGACAGCCACAAACUUGAAUGAACCAAGGAUCCUCAACAAAAAAUAUAAAUGACAUUAGAUUUGGUUGGUUAAAGGACACAGUUUGGUUGCAGAGUCAGUAGAUUUCAUUAAAAUGUGGCGAAAUUCUGAUAAAGGUCACAAUGUGAGCAGAUGAUCUCACCCCUGUGG